UGCAUUACUGAUCAGUUUGUCUGCUUAUUUCUGUUACAGCACUGAAAAGCCUUUCUGGCAAGGCAGAGGAGAUGAUUGAGAAGACAAAGACCUCUGUGGGCGAAAUGGCAGCUGAAAAGAAAGCGGCCGCAGCAGCCAUGUUAGAAGCCCAGGCCAAGAAGACAGGGGAUGUCCUUUGGCAGAGUAAAAGCAACCUGGAAUCUACUGCAAUCGAUGCUGCAGUAGAAGGAAAACAGGCAGCUAUUGAUGGCUUCGAUAAAGAAAUAGAAAAAGUCGAGAAGGUCGUCGAAGAAGGUGUACAUGAGAAUAAAGAGGAAACCAAACCUGUAGAGAAUACACCAUCCGAACCUUCACCUUCUGAACCUGCACCUUCUUCAAUGCUUGAUCCUACCAAACUUUUGGGAAGUUUGGAUAUUUCUGGCGGUAUCGGUACCGUGGAGAAGGAAGUCGAAAAGACUAUUGAUAAUGCCAUCAAGGAGGUAAACACCGCCGUUGAUACUAAAAUGAAAGAAGCUGAUGAAUUAAUAGACCACAAGAGAGAGGAAGUUGUGAAAUCAGUUCAGGAAGAAGUCUCCAAAGCAACUGGUUCAUCAGCUGAAGGAUUCGGCGCAGUACUUGGAAAGGCAAAAGGUCUUCUUAAUUUUUAAUCGACUUCAGACCUUUUGCACUUCAGCUGCCACGUCUCGCUUUCAUUAAUGCAAUACAUUAGCUAUUAUAUUUAUUGUUAGCACAUAGAUUAUCGUUAGAUAUGUUAGAAAAUAAUGUAUUAUCUAUUACUUUGUAAUUUGUUAUGUCUAUUGAAGAUAUAAUUACAUAUUUAAGAUUUCAGAGCCUUAUAAUGUGGGUGAAGAUAAGUAUAUGGAUGAAAAUUUAACUGCCCUUUAUCAAAAAAUUAUAUCAUUAUAGUUGAUUAAACCAUUUAAUCAAAAGCAAAAAUCAAAAUUAUUGAGUAAUUUUUAAUUUCUGUAAGAAAUUUAAGUAAUUACUCUUGGUAACAUUGUUACUUAUUCAUAGUUAUUAGAUUUUUAUUUAGAAAACCAUUGAUUUUCAAUUAUAAUUAUAAAUGAUUACAAUGUUAAAUUUCUGAAUAAAAUUUUUUUUUUUACAUCUAUUGAUUUUAUUUUGGUAUAUAUGUAUAAAAAUACAUUCAUAAAUGAAUUAAAGACUUGAGAGAUAUGCUGAAUAAGAUGACCAUUUGCAGAAUGCUAUCCAUGACAACGAGAUAUUACUAUAAAUAUAGAAUGUUAGAGUUAUUUUCUUUUUUAUAAAAAAAAAUAUAUAUAUAUUUACUGCUUGCUAAUUGUUAACCUUUUCCUUUCUAAGGCCUUCAAAUAAAUAGUAUGAUUCAUUUUAAUGUGAUAAUUCACUUCCUUAUCCUUUGUAUUUUAUGAAUACCCGCAAGCAUUUAAAUAUUUUAUUUUUGUAUAACUAGUUGCUUGAAACGUGUUAUUUUUUUUUGGUGUUUUUUUCUGUAGUUAGUAUUAUUAAAUAUAUAUCUAUAUAUUUUUCCUUGUCGCCUAGUUAUGGCAUGAUUUAUUUUUCUAAAUUUCACGUCAAUUAUCUGUAACACUUUUUGACACACACACUUUUUUUGAUAAGUAAAAAAUUGUAUAUUUGUAAUUGUAUUUAAAUUCAUAGGCCCACAUAGUUUUAUUUUUUGUCGAAAUGUUAUGAUGUAUAAAAAAAAUUAAAAAAAAGUAUUGUAACUCUUAACCAAUGAAAUUAUAUGUACUAAAUUUUGAUGGGACUUUGUUGAAAAUGUAAAAUUAUGGGUAAUAAAGAGAUUACUGCUACUAUGAAAAAAAAAAAAAAA